GAUAGCAGUUAAGUUAACAAGCUUGCUAUAGCUUGUGGGGUUUGCUACAUAUUAGUUAGAUAGACUAGUACUUUGUACAGAUAGCCAUAAUUUAGGAAGUUAUAUAGUAAACAUGGCAGUGAGUGCAGUUCACCUAGAAUCGGAUGCCUUUUUGGUUUGCAUGAAUCAUGCAUUAAGUACCGAAAAGGAGGAAGUUAUGGGACUUUGCAUCGGGGAGGUUGACACCAACCGCAUCGUCCAUAUACAUUCUGUUAUUAUACUCCGACGGUCAGACAAGAGGAAGGAUCGCGUUGAAAUCUCUCCUGAGCAGCUAUCUUCAGCGGCUACCGAAGCUGAGCGGUUGGCAGAAAUGACUGGGCGGCCAAUGCGUGUAGUUGGUUGGUACCACUCUCACCCCCAUAUCACCGUUUGGCCAUCACAUGUGGAUGUAAGGACCCAGGCCAUGUACCAAAUGAUGGACCAGGGCUUUGUUGGGCUAAUAUUCUCCUGCUUUAUUGAGGAUAAAAACACAAAAACUGGUCGUGUUCUCUACACCUGCUUCCAGUCUGUGCAAGCCCAGAAAGGCUCUGAGUAUGAGAGAAUUGAGAUUCCGAUUCAUGUGGUUCCACACGAGGCCAUUGGGAAAGUGUGCCUUGAGUCAGCAGUGGAACUCCCCAGAAUCCUUUGCCAGGAAGAGCAGGACACUUACAGAAAGAUUCACAGCUUAACACACCUGGAUCCGAUAACAAAGAUACACAAUGGCUCAGUGUUCACAAAGAACCUUUGCAGUCAGAUGUCUGCUGUUAGUGGUCCCCUGCUGCAGUGGCUGGAGGACCGCCUGGAGCAGAACAAACAGAGUAUCAUUGAGCUGCAGCUGGAGAAAGAGAGGCUGACACAGGAGCUGGCAACCAUGUGAGAGACGGAGGUCAGAAACAGACUCAUGGGCCAUAAGGGACGGGGGUAAGAAACAGACACAUGGGCCAUAGCCCUUCUCAUAUUAGGACUAAAGGAAUCCCCUCGUGACUAACUGUGUUGUGGGCAUGGAAUUGAAACCAACAUUGAAUUACUCUUACUUGGACCUUUCGGAAAACAAGGUUUUCCCUGUGAACAUUUCUUUGCUUCCCAGUGUCUUUGCUUCUCACACACUUUAGAGAGUUUUUUUCCUGUUAGAUCAUGUUCUGUGUACUGCUAAACACUUUCCCGAACUUACAAAAACAUUCUGGUGGAUUAUUUUCCCCCUGCAAUCUUCCAGAUGAAAAUGUAUGAUUUUUCUUCAUUUCAGUUCCUUGGCACAACAUAUUGAAUGUGUUUUUUGUUUUAGGCAAUUUGUUUAGAAUUUUAUUUUAAUGGUCUCGUGCUCCCACUGGAUUGUGAACAUGAAAAAAUGUUCCCAAGUGAAUUGCCAAUUUAUAAUGUGAUUAAAUACAAUAUAUAAGGACA